CGUCUGAACAGUUAUGCCAUGUACCUUACCUACUGCGGUUUGAUGCACGUACAUUUUCUUGACAUUAGCGGGUAGCCCGACUACAUCCUUUCUCUUUUCAACAUGAAAUCUACAUUCGACAAGGCCCACUCUCUGUCUAGAAAACAAUCCAAGGAAAAAGACUUGUAAACGAGAUGGACGAGGUCCAGUGGAGUUCAACCCCAGAAUGGAGCACAGGCUUGGCCUGGAUUCUUCUGGAGCCGGACCCAUGCCCGUCCAAGUCCCAGUGGUCACCCCGCAAACUGAAUGGAGUCUCCUUGGGCCAAUGAGACCCACUCGGCACGACUCGUCUCAUCCCGCCGUCCAAGUCCCACGAAUGCCGUCCGCCGCACACUACCGUCGCCUUUGACGGCCUCCGCUUGUCCGAGCAAGAUCCCCACGAUCCCCUUCCAACGUCCACUUGGCUGUGAUACCCUACGCCGCCGCCGCUCGUCACUGGCCAGCCCAAGAAGCAAGCUAGCCUGCACAUCUUCUCGCUCCUCGCUUCUCGGGCCGCCGCGAUCCAGUCCACCGUCUCUGCAACUGGAACCUCGCGCCUUCAAGCCCUCAAAGUUACCGGCGAAAACGACUAUCUUACCGGUACCCGCUGCCUUCCCAUUCCCCAUUUUCAGGUAUCUAUUCAGGACUCUCAAGAUAUUUUGGAAACUCAGAGAGGGUUUGCCUAUUUUGGGAGCUAGCAAUCAUCCAUCUGCUCUCAUCUUAAUUCGAAAAUUCCAAUCCUGACCCAUUCUACUAUCAUCCUCAUCCAUUGCCCAAGAGGUCUGAUACCACCGCAUAUUCUACUACCGAAAGAAAGAACUCAAGAUUGGUUGGAACCUUCGCUAUCUGUUACGGUACGUUGUACAUCCCCUGCUUGAGCUUCCCUUC